CUCUGCUUAGCGCGCGCGUAGAGCAUGGCGCCCUUUCGGGUCCUCGCCUUCAGCCUCCUGCUCGCCGCGGCGACGGUCACUGCUCAAGAUUGUGUCUGUAAAAACUACAAGUUCACCACCAACUGCAUGCAGAAGAGCAAUGACUGCCAAUGUACUUCAAUCGGUUCACAAAGUACUGUUCUGUGCUCAAAACUGGCGUCUAAGUGUUUGGUGAUGAAGGCGGAAAUUACCAGCUCGAAGUCUGGGAGGAGAGUGAAGCCGGAAGGAGCCAUCCAGAACAAUGAUGGACUUUACGACCCGGACUGCGAUGAGCAGGGCCUCUUUAAAGCCAAGCAGUGCAACGGCACCGCCACGUGCUGGUGUGUGAACACGGCUGGGGUGCGCAGGACCGACAAGGACACCGAGAUCACCUGCCCCGAGCGAGUGAGGACCUAUUGGAUCAUCAUUGAACUAAAGCACAAAGAAAGACAGAAACCCUAUGACACUCAAAGUUUGAAGAAAGCAAUUGAACAGCUCUUCACAUCUCGUUAUCUGCUGGAUCCCAGAUUUAUCUCAGAUAUUCUGUAUGAGAAUAAUGUGAUCACUAUUGAUCUGAUGCAAAAUUCUUCCCAGAAAACUCAGAAUGAUGUGGAUAUAGCCGAUGUGGCUUACUAUUUUGAAAAGGAUGUUAAAGGUGAAUCCUUGAUCCAGUCUUCUAACAAAAUGGAGCUGACAGUCAAUGGGGAACCAGUGGAACUGGAUCCUGGUCAAACUUUAAUCUACUACGUUGAUGAAAAAGCACCUGAAUUUUCCAUGCAGGGCCUAAAGGCUGGCAUCAUUGCUGUCAUUGUGGUGGUGGUGCUAGCGGUUAUCGCUGGAAUUGUUGUGCUGGUCAUGUCCAGAAAGAAGAGGAAUGCGAAGUAUGAGAAGGCUGAGGUAAAGGAGAUGGGCGAGAUGCACAGGGAAUAUGAUGGAUAACUUCUGUCAUUUGAAGAUGAACUGCAAGAAGGAAGAUGAGCGAGUGGACUGGUUCCAGGCGUGCGAGCAUGAGAUAGAUGACCUGUGAGGGUUACUGUUGAGCUAGUUGACGUCAUGCAUUUGUGAUAGUGAAACGUAAACUCAAAACAUGAGCAGCUUGAAAUCGGCAUUACCAAUCUUAAAAUGUGGCCCCAAAUGUCUUGUACAUGAAGAUCUAUUUUAGAACCCAGAGCUGUACCAAAAGGCUAGUUAUUUAUGUGUACCAUUCAGGGGUGUGUGCUCAACAUGCUUCCACAAAUUGAGUGACUGCUGGACCAUUUGUGAUUGAAAGCUGCCUUUCUGUUUACUUUGAGUGUUGUACAUACAAACUUUUUUUAUUGAACUGUUGAAAUAAAACGUUUUUAAAUUGAA